UAAUCUUAUUUAAAAUAUGAAUAUUUUUUAUACUACAUUUGUAAUAAUGAACAAGUGCUUGAUCUUCAUCCUAAUACCUUAGAAUUUUCAAGAAAAUAGAUAAGAUUAAAUUGUGCUAGUAGAUGGUAAGUUAGAUCUUUUUUCGUGUUGAAACUCAAUUUUUUAUGAGUACAUGAUAUCUAUAGAUUGCAACCUUUGAAGUUUGUAGUCUAGGAAUGUUGUAAUGCCAAUGGUUACUAGCUUAGCUUACGACUAUAUGAGUAUAUGGUGAUUUUAUAUUAUUUUAUUUUAUUUUGAUUUCAAGUCUAGAAAAAUUAGAUUAUAAGGCCAUAAACUAUACCAAAUUUUUAUGUAAUAAAUUGCACAUAACUCACAAGAAAACUAAUACUACUAUGUGAAGGAAAAAACAUAUAAACUUCAUAUUGAUUGACUUCAUAGAGAAAGAGAAAGAGAACUACUAUGUACUGUAUUGACUAACAUUACCAUGAUAUAUUCCGAUCCCUUUAAUUUGCUCUACUCCGUCACUUUUAUUUUCAUAUUAAAUUUCUCUUUAGUUUGUACAAAAAAUAUAAUCAUGUGGUAGGAUAUAUUAGUUUCAUCAUUAUUUAAUGUGUUAGUUUAAUGUUUAUAUACUAAUGUAAUUAUAAAUAUUGAUGGUGUCAAAGGAUAUCGUGCAAACUGAAUAGACACUAUAUAUUUUGGGAUAGAGGAAGCCCAAUAAAAAGGCCAAUUAGGUCUCACAAUACAUCUCAUUUCCACAAUUUCAUUUUGCAAUUCAAAUUAAAGUUUUAAAAGAAAAAAAAAAAAAAGGUAAAAGCUAACGAACGUCCCAAGGACGUUGGAUAAGAUGACUAAAAGUAAAAAUAUUAACUUGAAAUUAAUAUUAAUUACACCAAUCCAAUACCAAAAAAAUUGCUAAGUUUCCUAUAGUAUGUGUUUAAACUGUAUGAAAGUUUGCUGUAUUUUUAUAUGUAUGCAGUGAAAGUUAUGGCUCUAGCAAUACCAAUACCAGAGAAAUUGCUGAGUUUUCUGUUGGAGAAGGUUGUACCUGUACUACAGGCCGAGACACGAAAGUUUCAGAGUGUCCCGGAAUUAGUAAGUGACAUCAAAAAUGAAAUGGAUAUCGCUAAAGAUUAUUUGAAGAAGGUCGAGGUAAAGGUAGACAGAAUAGAAGAUGGAUCAAAAGAUAAGCUCAAGCAAGUGAGUAAGUUAAGGUCAUUGGUGUUUAAGAUUGAAGAUAUCAUAGAUGACUACGAGCUGAUUAAGCAACAACAAUUAGGCCACCAAAGCGAAAAAGUUGACAAAGGGUGCAUGAUCGGAAUGUGGAAAAUAUUAGAUCAAAGUUCUAAAGAUGUCGAGGGUUACAAGGACAAACGUGGGAUUGCUUGCUCGAUUGUAAGGAUUAAAAACGCAAUGGAAAAAAUAAAAGGAAAUGGAAAAGGAUAUGAGGAAACGAUUUUUGCUCUUGGUGAGGAAGAUUCGGGGAAAAAGAAGCUUGACCCUGGAACUUGUCCGCUUUAUAAGGAUGAGGAAAAUUUUGUAGGGUUUAAGGAACGUGAAUUGAUUGUAAAGAAGAAAUUACGUUUGGAGGAUGAGAAGUAUGACGGUAAACAGUUUGUAUUAGCAGUUUGGGGUCAGCCGGGACUUGGGAAGACAACUCUUGUUCAAAAAGUGUACGAGAAUGAAAGGAAUAAUUUCUCAUACUAUGCUUGGAUCACAGCAACCAAGCCUUACUCAAGUGUUGCUCUACUCAAGUGUUUGUUUAAACAGUUCAUAUAUAGUUAUUCUUCUGCAGACAAUGUUUCUGCUGACAGUAUUUCUGUAGAAGAAGUGCAGAAAUUACCAGAUAAUGAGGCGACGAUCACUGAUCGUUUAAGGAGUUACCUAAUGAUAAACGAUGCCAAAAAAGGGUACUUGGUGGUUCUUGAUGAUGUCUCGGAAAUGGAGGAGUUGUCUAAGAUCAUUCAGGCUACUCUGGUACCUAGUUACAGCAAAGGUGGUCGAAUACUAAUGACAAUGAAAAGUGAACACAAUGCAAAUUAUUGGAAGACUUCAAGUACUUACGGUGAAGCCUACAAUCUGCAAGUUUUAUCUGAAGAAGAGGCCAAGCGUCUCUUCAAUAAGAAGGCAUUUGGGAACGAAGGAAAGUGCCCUCGGAAGCUAACAAGUUUACGGGACAAAAUUGUGAAAGAAUGUGAUGGUUUGCCCUUCCUGAUUGAGAAAGUAGGGGCAAUUUUCUCAACCACGGAUAAGUGGAUUGAGUUGUAUCAGAAUUUCCAAAUCAACCCUGUAUCACCGGAGUGGAGCAAGGACAAUCUACUCUUCAGCGGCUACCACGAGAUGCCUUAUCAUCUUAAGCCUUGUUUCCUGUAUUUAUGCAUGUUUCCUAAAAGUUGCAAAUUCAAAAGAACGAGAAUAGUUCGUCUAUGGAUUGCUGAAGGUUUUGUGGAAGCCAAGGAUCAUAGCACUCUCGAAGAAGCUGCAGAAGAAUAUCUUAAUGAACUUGUUGAAAGAGGUAUGCUUCAUCUCUUGAAAAGCGACGAAACAGGAAGAAACAGGACUUUAAUACUUCCUUGUAUGUGGCAACAUGUAAUGUUCCAAAAGUUGGCAGACUUGAGUUUUUGUCAAGUGUUAACGCAAAACAGGUUAAGCACAAACAAUCAAUGUCGAAGGCUUUCGAUUCACAAGGAUGCACCAAAUACAGUCAUUGCCUCAAGUGUCCGCUCAAUCCUUUCAUUUGUCCAACUUGAAAAAUUUCCGAUUGCAUGGUCAUCGCCAUUCCAGGAAGCUGAAUUCCGGCUAAAAGUACUUGACCUUCAAAAUGCCAAGUUUGUUGAUGUCCCGAGAGUGGUGGGAAAACUGCAUAACUUGCGUUAUCUAAGCAUGAGAAAUACCAAGGUUAAUAAACUGCCGGAAACUAUAGGUGGACUCUGGAACCUUCAAACCUUGGAUCUCAAAAACACUGAUGUAAAGGAGCUACCAACAGGAAUAAAUCGCCUUCACAAGCUCCGACAUCUUCUUGUAUGCCAUUAUAAUGAAGACGAAAAGAUGGUGCCAGUAAAGAUACCCGAAGGGGUAUUGAGUAACUUCAAGGACCUGCAAAAGCUAGCAUUUGUGGAUGGAAGUCUAUAUUUACCAAAGGGGGAUCCUCAAAAGGAGGAAUUACAAGAAGAAAAUUCACAAAAGGAGGAUGGCAGUUCCAAACCAAUUGUUGGUUUAGUGCCUGGUUUGGACAAGCUAACACAAUUGAGAAGGUUGGCAAUAGUAAAUAUGAAGAAGGAGAACAUAAAGCCCUUUUGUAAGGCGUUAGAAAAUAUGAAACAGCUCCGAUCAUUGAGUGUCAGAAUGCUAAGUGAUGAAGAUGUUCUUGAUUUGAGCCACAUCAAAUCUCCUCCUGAAUUUCUAGAGCGGCUUUACUUAAUAGGGCCUUUGAAGCAAAAACAAUUGCCAAUAUGGAUACAUAAACUCAAGCAUUUGGUUAGGUUGCUGUUGAAAAACUCAGGUUUUGAGAGCGAUCCGCUAGAAAAGCUCAAGGUGAUGCAAGAAUUGCUAGUGCUUGAACUUGAUAAUGCAUAUGAUGGUAAGGUCUUGGAUUUUGGUUACAAGGGACUGAGGAAACUGCAAGUGUUACGUAUCAGACGGUUAACAAAUUUGAAGACAGUAAAAGCCGGAAAAAAUGCUCUACUUCAGCUCCGUCUGGCUGUACAUAGAGAUUGCCCGACGUUGAAGAACAUUUCCCUUCCACCUCAAAUAAAUGAAGUUAUUCAAGAGUUUAAACCAAGCAAAUCUCCUAAGCAAAGGGUCAAUUGAUUUAUCUUCCAAGCUUUUUUUUUUUCACUUUGUUCGAGUAUUUAGUAUUACAAAAGAUUGAAUUCUAAGUUUCUAACCUUCUAAUUCAUACUGUAUGAUGGUUUAAUAAAAUAAAUACUUCCUCCGCUUUUUUUUUUUUUUUAGUUGCAACAUAAUAACAUUUCUACAUGUGCACUAUUCACAUACAAUUACACAAGAACAUAUGAUAUUUCGAUUAUACAAAUGUAAGUAUAAUCCAACAGCAUUUAUAAGAACAUUUUUUAAUCGUAGAUUAGUAAAACAAAAAUAGUCUAUGAAUAGUACAAAUAGUCUUGAACUAAAGAAGAUGCACUAUCAUGGACAUUGACAUGAGAAUAGGUAGUAUUCAGAACCUUAACAAAGAAAAAGCCUACUAGGAAAGGGAGAUACAUCAUUAUGAACAGUACAUGAGUAAUUGAGUAUUAGGGUACUCGGAAACGACACGUGACAUAAUCUUGAGGUUACUCAUACAUUCAAUAACAGGUUAUGCUCACAAGCCAUCAUAAUUAGAAUUGAUUUAUGUUCUUUAUG